AUGUCGCAGUGUGAUCUGCAGCUCUCGGCCAGACCUGUAGUGCCCAGGCAGAAAUUGGCUCUGUCCAGUGCUACUAGCUCCACCUGUACUGUGGGCUACGGCGCCGACAUGGAAGUGGUCACCCUGGUCCAGUUUUGUCGUACCCAGUGGCUACCCUCCUUUUGGGAGGUUGUCACUGGGAUGAACUACUACUUGGAUUUGGAGAUGGGUCGAAUCACCUGCACUAAGACUCAGUCUGACCUAUCUAAAUGUGCCUUUGAUGAUUCACAAGAUGAGCAGAGGACCUUCUGCUCCUUCCAGGUCUACAGUGUGCCCUGGCUGGGCCAAAUCUCCGUGACAGAAUACAGUUGUCACAAUGAGUAA